AUUAUGGGUAUUACUAUUACUAAACUAUCUUUAUUAUUACUAAACUAACAGUUUAGUAAUAUUAUGCACUACCUUAAAACGGUCACUCUAAACUUUUUAUUAUAAAAGUGCUUGGUAGACGUGCCUUUGGAGUCUGGACAAUACUUUAUUCUCUCCAACUUCAGAAAACAAAAACCAUAAAAGAAAACCGCUUUUUCGCACCGAAUGUGGUUUUAAUAGUAGUCUGUCCUAGAGUAGUUUGUAUCUGUACAUGAAGACGCAAACUGCAAAGCUGCAGCCACUGCGUUACUAUUGUAUUAGCCUCGAACAACACACUGUGUGAGAGAGCUUUAACGAAAGACGUCCCACACACGACGUAUCGUUUAGCCGGCACAAUUUAUGAGGAAGCGUUUUUCGUGUGGAACAAACUCGGGCGUAACAAAUCAUUUCACAUUUCAUCAAUAUUUUUCAAUGAGGACGACGGCUGAAUAUUGCAUCUUCCAUCACUGAUGCCCACUGUCGCCUUUUGUUGCAUCCUUUGAUUUAUACGUUCCCAUCUCCCAUGCUGAGAUCAAUAGCUUAAAUUUUCUUUAUGCAGCCAACGCACUGGCAUUAGCUAGCAUGACUCAAAACAAUUUUGUUAAUGGACCAUAUACACAUCGAAGAAGUAUCCAGUGUUUUUAUCCAUUGUUUCCAUGAAACCGUACAAAUAUCCAGAUAUCGCAGCACGCCACGGCUUAAUCGAAAAUUUUAGUGCUGUUUACAAAGCCUAACAACAAUACUAAGCCGUUAAAUAUUUCCUUCAACAUAUUAAUAAUACACGAUGCUUAAUGAAAACGACACCGAUAAUCCGCGCGGAUUCCGUUUAUCGAAUCUCAUUGAUUUGGUAUUCCCUAGAUGGAAGGAUGUAGCAGUUGUCCAGCAUCACGAUCACUCUAUGGGACAAGCUAUGCGUUAUUACCGUGUCUGGAUUUACAUCAGCGUGACAGUAACGGUAAUUCCAGCCGUCGUGUUCGGAGUGGCAAUAGCCUGGAUUUUCAAUGAGGAUUACUUUGCACUUUUACCGUUCGAACCUUACGACUGGACAUUUCUUUAUCUAUAUAUCACCGUCACUUUUCAAAUCUUUUUUGCUCCCACAUUGGGUUGUUUGGGUGCGACAAAACUGAAUGCGCGAUUGUUAUGGGCAUACUGGGGAUCUUUGGUGAUACUGAGUAUUGGAGACGCAAUAACAGGCACGGUGUGGAUUAUGAAAUCGAUACAAGUGAACAAGCAGCUGCAACAACAUCUUUAUACGCUAGUCACACAAUAUUAUGGCAUCGAUCCUGCUAUCACGAAUCUAUGGAAUCGUGUACAGAUCGCGGAACAAUGCUGCGGAAUUGAGCAAGCUUCGGAUUUUUCAAAAAGCAUUUGGUAUAAAAAUCUGAUUAGUGCCGGCCUCAGUGCCAUUUCACUACAGCGCAGAAAAAGUGAUCACGUUCCCGUCCAUUUGGAUGCAAUCAAUACAAAUAUAAUAACCAUGCUGCCCGCAUCCUGCUGUUCAACGUUUUUUCCCGCCGAUUCCCACCCAGCGACCAACUGCACUAUCACAGCGCUAAGUGAUGCCGUACUGCACAAACAGGGCUGCUACCUGGCCCUGCACACCUGGAUGCACAGGAUGGGUGACAUCCUUUUCGUACUGGGUUUCUCCAUAAUGGCUUUUGUGCGUGUGGCCAUGGUGUUCUGUCUAUAUAACGAAAUCAAACACUUUGUGCGCAAAAUCCAGAUGCGCCGAGCUGGGAAUGCCACAAACGAAAUGCCCCACAGCAGCCUUUCCGCAGAGCCUGAUUUGGCUAAUUUUCAUCACAAUUCCGGUGUACUAACAGGCCCUGCCGGAAGUACCAAAAAGCCUUGUCUUGAUUUAUUAUCCACCGGUACUGGUGCCUUAGAUGCUAAUGCCGAACGCCCACGAUGGAGCUUUGCGCGGCGUUGGCGCGCCUUGCGCAAUCGCAUACGAAGGAAGCGCCCAGUCCAGACAACGUCGUUAACUCCCCAGCAUCCGGCUUCACGCUCAAACUCAACAAUCAAGCUCAAAUCGAUCAACGAAGAGACAGCUACAAUGCUCUGACAGAUCCUCUCUUGCACACCAAAUGCGCUACGGGCCCACGGCCAGUAUUCACGCCUCAAAAGAAAUGAUGUACAGCCGUUUUCUUGCAGCUCGUUUGUAUAUGCGAACUGUUCCUUCGUCUCAGUUCCGGCCAAUCUGCGUGAACGAUCUCAAUUCACUGAGGAUAUGAUGUGUAUAAAUAACAGAACGGUCGUCAUGCAUAAUAAGGAGAAUCGACAAUACCAUUACACCCAUCCCGUGAUAACUGCACAUGACAGAACGAAUGGAUUUCCAAAAACAGGGGAUUUUGCUUUUUAAUAUGUAUGAAGAUUAUUCAGUUACCGACCCUUUUACUUUCAAGAAAGCUAUUUUAAAUAACCGCUAUUUUUCGUAAAGCCGAAUUAAAUAACGCGAAAAAACGCGAAGAAGUUAGUACAUACGAUUAGUACACACCUACAGUAGAAAGAAGCAAGAUUAUGCCACAUAAUUAAUUAGUCAACUAAGAAGUUGCGACCACAACGGA